AUGAAGAAACAACGGCCGCAAAUUCGAGCGGCCACGCCGAACGAAUACAUUUCAAGUCCAACACAUUUCCGAAAAGUGAGCACAAUGACACAUCGUGACGCUCAAAGAAUGUUGGCCGAGCUUGAGCUUAUGAACAAGCCGCCGCCACCACCCAUUCAGCCAAAGAGCUGGCAGGCAGAAAUGGGUGACGGAAAAGCAAUCCCUACAAAACUGCACCCAGUUCCAACUAACAUUCCACCGAUUUUGGAGCCUGACGAACUCAGUGAUCAUAGCUGGACCGAUGAUGAAGACGAAUCGAUCUACACUUAUAUUGAUGAUGCCUCUCUUUCGAAUCGAACUUCACCUCGUCCACUUUCUUAUCAAUCCGGUGUAAGCGGGAAAUUUAGCGCCUUUUCAGCUGACACAGAUGGUUCCAUCAGCCCACCGAGAAUGCCAGCCACGCCGGUGCCUAGACCACCAAAACCUGAGGUUCAACCGAAAACUCAUAAAAUGGGCGCAAAGCGAUUACAAGUCGUACCCAACCCCCCACCCAUGCUCAUCCAAGUCCCACGAAUCAUUGAACAUCACGAAGAAGAACAUUACUUCGAAACCGAAAUAUCAACACUCACAACCGAAGAACGCGAUUUUCCAGUCGUCCAAAUCCCAAGGCACUCCAUCAUUGCGCUACCAAACAAACUUCCAGAACCCAAGAAAUCAUUCUUCAACUGGGACGCCGUCAAGCCCGACUUUAGCAAAAUUAAAUUCUUCCAAAAAGAGGACCCAAAGCCCGUGAAGGUUGAAGAAAAGUCUCCCCUACCUGUAACCCCUAAUCAUGGCCUGAAAAUCGAUGAAGAAGAAGUGAAGAAAAUCAGUGCUCGUCUAGGGGGAUUACAAGCAAAGGCCAUGCCUAAAAAAGACCAUCAUCACUUGACCGGCGAUGACAUCUCAUUACCCACCAAUUUUCACACACCAACCCCUGGCAACUACGAAACGCCACGUAAUAGCAAUUCUUCGGUAGAAACCCCUGGUUAUCAGCCGAGAUUUGCUAAAAAUCCGGCGAGCGCGAAGGCCAAACAGCCGGCAGUGAAAGCUUCUCCGCCACCAAAUCAGGAUCAUCGCAGACAGCCACACUGUUCCCUUGAAACUCCCAUUUUAUUCAGCGAAAAAGAUUUGGAAGACGAGGAGCGCAAAAUGCCGCGAAACAUCAAAAUGGGGCUCGACGGGGUGUUGUAUUCAAAUGUUACGGAAGCAGCCUUUGGACCGUAUCAAAAUUUGAGUCCAUUCGGGAAAGAAGGGGCAAAGUCGUUUGGGGCUCCACCUCCUCGACCACCGAAAAAGGAUAAGAAAUGGACCAUGCAGGGCGAUGAUAUGGUUGUGCUCCGUGAUGGUCCGGAUAGUUUUGACGCUGAACCUGUAGGUAUUCGCGAGCCAUCAGCGAUAAUAACCCCGCAGCCUGCCAAAAUCCGCCCACCAACUGUCGCCGCCGAUUUGGAAAGGCCCGGAUUUUUGGGGCUAGGAAUGAUGAUGGGUUUGGAUGACGCGAUCCCAAUCGAUUCCCCUCCGCCCAAUGCAUACCUUCCAGUCAACCCGAAAGUCAAGAAUGAGCCCCUGAUGCCACCGGCACCAUUAAACCGUAACACUCCACAUGACGCGCCCGCGGAGUCGGCUCCGAUUUACAUGAAAAUGCCGCUGCCAACCCAAUCCAAUGCACAGCAAAAACCGACGGCUCCCGUUAGGGUAUCCACAAAAAGCGUCGCAGCUCCAGUACCACCAGCGCCAGUUCAAGCUGCGAAAAUUCCGCCACCGCGGCCACCUCCACCAUCCCUGAAGCCAGUUUUGGAACUGAUCGUAACCAAUGAGUUACCGGAAACUUCCCACAAAGAUCCGCCACAACCCAGCCCAAAAUCUUACCGUAACCCAUCCAAGCGCUCGCCUGGAGUUAAUUCCGUCGACUAUCUGGCUAGCGAUGAACAGUCUGAUAAUGAAACGACUGAAUCAACUCCCGGAAAUGACAACAACGUACUCUACUCAAUUCCAUUAAAGAAAACAACUCCCCCAAUAUCGCCGAUUCGGGAGCAGCAGAAGAAGCUUAGCGUUCGAAAAAGUGAUAAAGUGCAUCAGAGCGAAUUGGAGAAAAUUGCGACGGAACUGAGCGAGGGACGGUAUUUUAAUCCAGAACCCAAAAAAGAUUCGCCAACAACAUUAAUCGGAGGCCAUGCAAAUCAAGGAAAUUCAGCGGCCGCUAUGGAAGGAUGUCCAACGUAUGCUUGCCCACUACCUAGAGGCUUUGAAUUGGAUCAAAUUUUUGAAGCCAUUGAUGAUCUCGACGAUCACCUGCAAAAAGAAGACUCCGAAUGUCAAUCGGAAACGCAUGGUGUUUUACCAGCCGGAAAAGCUGAAGAACCGACCCCAGCUACACUUGAGACGCCAAUCCCGACCGCAACACAUCAACAAACCAUGCCUCCCCUGAGCUUUAUGCAAAUAUCGCGCCGCCAACUACCCCGCGCCCAGUGCCAGCCCCAAGGAAAUCCAGAGAAGCGCCAAAAG